ACAUGACUAGGAUAAGAACUCUGUAGAUUAAAUAGCGUAGCAGCAUAUAAAGAACCAAAUAGAGAGAUGAGAGGUAGAGAGAGAAAGAGAGAGAGAGGGCCGAGACAGAGAACACAAAGUAAACGAAUAGCACAGCGGUAUGAGAGUUUCAAUCCCUGGGAUAGGGGGCAGUUCCGACUGGAAGUGGGUGUCUAUGACAGAAGAAUCUACAAUCAAGCGAUUCCUUUCUUCUUCACUAACUUCCCAGAGGAGUGGUCGUUUGAACAGAUGUGGCAAACCUUCAACAGGUUAGGCUUAGGAAGGGUACUGGAGAUUGAUUGCCCGAAGAAGAAGGACAGAUUUGGCAAAAGAUUCGGGAGGACUCUAGCAACCAAUCUAUGUCUCAAAGCUGGACUCAACAUGACAUUAACCGCAGAAUCAAAAAGGCCAUCAUAUGCUGAAGUGGUACUAGGACAAAGCAGAAGAAAGUAUGAAAGGCCUAUGGCCAGAAGACGGGAGGAAGGACCAACAAGAAAGAUGGGAGGCAAUGAGACCGACAUGCAUGGGCGUCAACAAUGGCAAUGGAAACCAAAACACCACUACCAUCAAUGGUCUGGCAUGGAGAUCAACAUUGACAAGGACGAGUAUGCAUGGUUGGAAAAAUGUUAUGUAGGUACUGUGCAUUCAGUGAGCUUGAUACCAAAUCUGCAAGAGAAAUUCUUCAUGGAGGGGGUUUUCUUUUGCAAUAUUAGACCAAUGGGAGGUAGAUUAGUACUGCUAGAAGGCAAGGACUAUGAGGAUUUGAAGGAGCUUGUUGACACUGGAAAAGACUGGAUGGGGCAAUGGUUCGAGGAUGUGAAGCCUUGGUCCCCUGCGACGGUAGCUACAGAGAGAUUUGCAUGGAUCUGGUGUCAGGGACUUCCAGCACAUGCUUGGAAGCUGGAAACCUUCCAAACUUUUAGAAAUCUAUGGGGAAACUUUAUUACUUUAGAUGAUAGUACAAGCUACAAGAGGAGAUUCGAUGCCGCCUGUUUCCUAAUCACCACACCAUCCCCAGAUUCUAUCUUUAGAUCCUUCACGACUAAGAUUAAUGGCAAGUUUUUUAUAUUAAAGUUCACAGAAGAGGAGUCAACUAACAGCCUCUUCACCAUGAGAUCCGAUAGAGUAAUUCAUGCUCCCAGUGAUGUGGAUGAUGAGAAAAGUUGCUCUUUAGAAAGCUCAACUGCUGGUGAUCUUGACCUGGAGGUGGAUAUGAUGGAGCAAGCUAAGCUACAGUCCGUUGAGGGUGAAGGCGACGGAGCUGAGGCCAUCUCGGAGGAUGACGUGGUGAUGCUGAAUGCCGUCGAUGUAAAUGGCGCUAAGGUGAUAUCUCGAGAUGAUGAAGUGGCUAGCUACUGUGUCGAACCGAACUGCUCAACAAAAAUGGGAGUUGAAAUAGUUAGAACAGGUACUGAGGUAGUUGAAGAGUCAAAGGAUAUGGGCGAAAAUCUGAAUGGGCCUCAUGAUUCAAAUUCAAAUGCAUCAAGGCUAGGAGAAGCAAAGAAGGUAGGGGUUCACUUAGAAACACCAGUCAACAUAGCUGAACAAGGGGACGUUGGGAAUACCAAUCAAAUGAGCAAAAAUGUAGCUGUGGACAGCUAUGACAUGUCCAAUCAAAAUAAUAAUAUUGAAGUAAGCGGAAUGGGCUGUGGGGUUGGAAGGCAAGUUAGGUCUCUUAGAACCGGAAUGGGCUUAAAAAUGGUCAUAGGUCCAAAUUGUAAGGCUGAAAUAGGCUUACAUGGGACAUCAAUUGCAGAUCCAAUGGAGCAAAGCACGAAGAACGAUAGGAAAUCCAAAUUAAAGAACAGGAACUGGUGUAUAGCUGGAGACUUUAAUGCCAUUCGAAACCUCCAAGAAAGGAAGGGAGGCAGAAGUGUGAGGCGUGAGCUCAAGGAGUUCAAUGACUUUAUUGAGAUGAGCAGUUUGGUGGAGCUUCCUAUGAUUGGGAGGAAAUUUACUUGGUACCAGCCAAAUGGCCAAAGCAUGAGUCGCUUGGAUAGAGAAUUGGUAGCAAAUCAGUGGAACAACUCAGAUAUCCGAGGAUGGGGAGGUUUUAUGGUAAAGGAGAAACUAAAGCGGCUGAAAAACUGUUUGAAGGAUUGGACACGAAAUCAGGUGCAGGGAGUGGAUAAACAUAUUGAGGAGGCAAAAGCUGAAAUUGCAACACUAGAUGGUAAAGGGGAAUCACAGCAGCUAAGCGAGGAGGAAUGUCUCCGUAGAAGAGAAAUGAUGAUAUGCCUAUGGGAAAAUAUUCAAAUCAAAGAGGAUAUGACAAAGCAAAAGUCAAGGAAGGCAUGGAUGAAAGCCGGGGAUGCAAACACAAGUUAUUUCCACCAGUGCAUAAAAGGAGUGGCAAAAUACUUCAUGAGCUUAUUCACAGAGGAAGGUUGGAAUCGGCCUAUUCUAGAUGGUGUCGACUUCAAGAAAAUUUCAAAAGCCGAGAGAAACUUCUUAACUGAACCUUUUCUUGAAACAGAAGUUAAAGAUGCUGUAUGGAAUUGUGAUGGUGCAAAAGCCCCAGGUCCAGAUGGUUUUACUUUCAGCAACAACAAGUUGGUGAGAGGAUCCAAUUCAUCUUUUUUGGUGUUGAUACCUAAGAAGGAGAAUCCUCAAAGCAUCGAAGAGUACAGGCCAAUAUCCUUAAUUGGAAUUAUGUAUAAAAUUCUUGCUAAAAUCCUUGCAAAUAGAUUACGUAGGGUGAUGGAUGGGAUUAUAGGCGAACAACAAUCAGCUUUUAUCGAAGGCAGACAGUUGGUUGAUGGAGUCGUCAUUGCAAACGAGGCUAUUGAGGAGAUUAAGAGGAAAAAAUUGAGUUGCUUCCUUCUCAAAGCUGACUUUGAAAAAGCCUAUGAUAAUUGCUUGCAAACUAACUCAAUCUCAGUAUUGCUCAAUGGUAGCCCAACAAAGGAGUUUGUCAUGAGUAGAGGAUUAUGGCAAGGGGACCCACUAGCUCCUUUUUUGUUUUUAAUUGUUGCGGAAGGCCUCAAUGGUAUCAUAUCAUCGGCAGUUGCGAAAGACCUCUUCAAAGGGGUCCCAAUUGGAGGAGGGGGCUUUUGCAUCUCCCAUUUGCAGUUCACAGAUGACACCCUAUUAAUAGGGAGAGCAACGGAAGAUAAUAUCUGGACAACAAAAUGCAUUUUGAGGGCUUUUGAGUUGGUGUCCGAGCUGAAAAUUAACUAUGGGAAAAGCUCACUUAUCAGCAUAAAUACAGGUAACCUAUGGGAAAGGGAUAUGGCAUGUCUGUUAAAUUGUAAAGUGGGGUCCUUGCCAUGUAAGUACCUGGGUAUUCCUUUGGGAGUGGAUCCUAGAAGAGUGAAUACAUGGAAGCCACUAAUCGACACUUUCAAAAGAAAAUUAUCUUCUUUGAGGGGUCGAUACCUAUCCUUUGGUGGUAGAAUAACUCUUAUAAACUCUGUGUUGUGCAGUCUACCGGUGUUCUUAAUGUCUUUCUAUCUCCUUCCAAAAAGCGUUAUUGGUGAGUUAGAUAAAAUUAGGAGAAGAUUUCUUUGGGGGGGGACAACAGAGACAAAGAAGGUUGCUUGGGUUGCGUGGGAGAAGGUUCGCCUAAGUAAGCUCAAUGGGGGGUUGGGUAUAAAGAAUUUAUUGUGCUUUAAUAUGUCAUUACUGGGAAAAUGGUGGGGAAGAUUGAUUAUCGAGAAGGGGGGAUUGUGGAGGAGAGUUUUAUCUGACAUUUAUGGGAGUGAUGAGGGGAAUUGGUUAUCUUACUUAAGGGAGGGUAGAUGUGUAGGAUCAAAAUGGUGGAGGGAUGUUUGCAAGAUAGAUGAAGGGAUGGGUAUUAAAAAGGAUUGGCUGAGUUUGGGUUUUGGUGUGGAUUUGGGGGAUGGCGAAAAGGUUAAGUUCUGGAUUGAUGUGUGGGUAGAAGGGUAUGCUCUAUCUAACAAAUUCCCUCGUUUAUUCCUACUAGCUACAGAUCAGAAUUGCAGUGUCAAAGACAUGGGAUCCUGGUCGAAGGAUUGCUGGCAAUGGAAAUUCUCCUGGAAACGCCCACUUCAUUCAUGGGAGGAGGACAUUGAAAAAGAGUUGGUUAAGAUGUUGAAAUUAAGAGCUCCAUCACAGAACAAGGAAGAUCAUGGCAAUGGCACCUGGAAAUUUCAGGGACCUACACAACAAAAUCAGCUUACUCAUGGAUCCUUAAGGGAGAACCAAAGCCAGCAACUGACUUCAUAAGGGUGUGGAAAGCCCCCAUUCCACCUAAAGAACGAAAAGAUUUUCCAAAUGAAGGAGACAAAGCUCAACAGAUUCUUUGAGCUAGUUUAAAUUCGAUCUUUCUUCUGGGUAACGAACAUUCAAGGUAUGGAAGGGUUCUCUUUAUCUGAAUGGUGCGAGAAUCCAACCAAAUGUCUUAAGAAUAACCUCGUCCGGAAAGAUAGUGUUUGAACUAGUCUUUUUGUUUUAACUAGUCUUCUUGGAAAGUUGGUUUUAUUUUCUUUGUUGGGUGUUCUACCCUCGCUGCUUUAAUGUUGCUAGUUUUUUAAGCAACAAGUUGGUUUUUGUAUACACGGGUUUGAGUACCCCUUGUACUCAUCAAAUAAAUAUAUUAAUAUUCU